AAUACAUAUUUUGUUAUGAUACCAUUUAAUAGUCCAAAACAUUUUAGAACCAUCGAAUCCGGUUCCUACAAGUUGUACAUCACAAAAAUAAUGCAAAACAAGAAAGAUCUAUGGUUUUGGUCCAUUCUAUUCUCAUUUAUAUUAAGAAACUCUACUUCACUGGACAAUAUAACUCCUGUUCAAUCCAUCACUGAUGGAGAGACAUUAAUUUCGAGUGGAGGAACCUUUGAACUUGGCUUCUACAGCCCUGGAAAUUCAAAGGGCCGAUACUUGGGAAUCUGGUACCAUAACAUAUCCCCUCAGGUAGUGGUCUGGGUGGCUAAUAGAGAAAAACCGCUCAACAACACCUCCGGAGUUCUAAAACUCACCGGCGAAGGACUUGUUGUCCUUAUUAAUGGCAGCACCAACAGCAGCGUUGUAUGGUCCUCCAACAUGUCAAGCAAAGCAGGAGAAAAACGGAAUCCGAUUGCACAGCUCUUGGAAUCUGGAAAUCUUGUUGUCAAAGAUGGUGACCACUUUCUGUGGCAGAGCUUUGAUUAUCCUUGUGAUACAUUCGUGCCCGGAAUGAAGGUGGGAUGGGAUCUUGGGACAAGUCUAGAGAGGACUCUAUCAUCUUCAAAAAGUACAGAUGAUCCCGGCCGCGGAGACUACACAGUUAGAAUAGACCUUCGAGGCGAUCCGCAAAUAGUUCUAAUGCAUGGAAAUGCCACAACAAUUAGAGUAGGGCCAUGGAAUGGGCUAAUUUUUUCUGGAGCUACACUUUAUUUGCGCUAUAACCAAUUCUCAUCUCAAUUUGUUUUCAAUGAAAAAGAGGUGUUUGCUAGGUUCAGACCAGAAAAUACAUCCAAAUAUAUUAGAGGUGUAGUGUACCCUUGGGGAGGUGUUCAGGUUUUGCAUUGGUCAAUACAAACCAGAGGCUGGGAGACCCUUAUUUCUAUACCAGAAGCCGAAUGUGACAAGUAUGCUAUUUGUGGUGCAAAUUCUAUUUGCAGUACUACUCCUACUCCUGUCUGUUCAUGCCUUGAAGGAUUUGCACCAAAAUAUCCUGGAAAAUGGAAGGAAUCUGAUUGGUCUGAUGGUUGUGUUAGGAUCACUCCUUUAAGUUGCAGCAGAGAUGGAUUCAAGAAGGUCACCGGCAUAGUGUUGCCGGACACGUCUGCUUCUUGGUAUAACAGGACCAUGAACCUGCUGGAAUGCAAGGAAUUCUGUCUGAAAAAUUGUUCUUAUACGGCAUAUUCCGAUUUGGAUAUCCGUGAUGGAGGAAGCGGUUGCUUGAUCUGGUUUCAUGAUCUUGUUGACAAUAGACAAGGGUCACAUGACUUCUAUAUUCGAAUAGGGGUGACCCAAAAUUGUUUGUACCGUAUUGGAAGAUGAUGAGUGACAAGUGCAGCGUGGUGAUUGAAGGGUGGAAGUUCAUGAGCCAUGAGAGUGACGCCAGCAAUGUGUGCCAAUACAUGUUACCGGAACUGGGAGACGCCAUUAAAAGGAUACACAGUUUGGUUCAUAACGCUGCCAUUCAAGAUAAGCACAUCAUCGUGGGAACCGGUUCCACCCAGCUUUUCCAUGCUGCAUGGUUUGCCCUCUCCUCUUCGGAUUCCGUUCGCCCCAUUAACAUCGUUAGUGCUGCUCCCUUCUAUUCGGUGAGCUCUUGU